CACAGCUCACUACUUUAAAGCAAGUUUAUCCAACUCUCCAGGGGCAGGAGCCAGGAGAGGAGCAGUUCGCGGUACGAGCGGCAGAGGAUGAAGCGUGCAGCAUGGAUGCAGUCGUGAAACAGGGAGUCCUUCACACACAGCAGCAGCAGAAGUUUGGCAAGAAAUGGAAGAAGGUGUGGGUGCUGCUGUACGGAGAGACCACCUGUUCUGUAGCCCGCCUGGAGUACUUUGAGUUCAAGGAGGGGGUGAGCCUGAGCGAGAGGCAAUGCACCAGGAAAACAGAGAACAAGAAGGUGAUCAAGCUGAGCGACUGCAUCCGUAUCACGGAGUCCCCGGGCGACACUUGCCCCUCCGACUGCCGAGCCUUCCACGUGGAAACCAUCGAGAAACUCUUUGUGUUUGCCGCAGAAUCAUCAGAGUACGAUGACUGGAAUCAGACACUGUGUGAAAUGGCCUUUCCGAUGUUCUGGGGUGAUCGGCCGGGGCCAAAUAAGGCCGAUGGUUCCCAGCGGUCACAGAAGGUGAAGAAGAAUAUCAUGGUGCCUAUGGAGGAAAACUCACUGUACAGCACCCGCAAGGCCGUGAAGGAGUUCCGGGUGACGGUGAGGAAGACAGAAGCAGCAGAUAGGUGUGGCCUCCAGGGACCGUUCCUGCUCGCUGUGGAGGAGGACAGCCUCCAGCUGAAGGAGCUGGAGCGUGGCAAGGUGCUCUACACCUGGCCCUACAGGUUCCUCAGGCGUUUUGGACGGGACAAGGUGACCUUUUCCUUCGAGGCGGGCCGGCGCUGUGUGUCCGGAGAGGGCAGCUUCGAGUUUGACACCAACCACGCCAAUGGCAUCUUCCAGAUCAUCGAAUCGGCCAUUAAGGUUGUCCGGCAGGGUUUCAGGGAGGACAAGCCGUUGUCCAGCGAUGGGGACAAUGAGCCUCUGGUGACCUCCAGGCCCGGCUCUGCCCAGGAGGCCGAGGAAGAUGGGGAGGUGGGAGAGACUGAGGGCCAACAGCCAGCCAAGGCCAAGGGCGAGAUGGCCAAUGCGACUCUCCCGGCCCUGAGAUGCCUCUCGCUGGAGGUGGCCCCUGAGCCCAGCGUCCGGUCAGCUUCAACCUUGCCCUGGAAGGUCAACCCAGGGUCCAAGGGCCAUGGAGGUCAAGCCAGGGGCAUCCAGCCUGACCUACAGUGCACCUACUCUGAGGUGUUGGAUGUUAUUCCCAGGCCAGCGGCCCGGGGCAAGGCCAGGAAGUCUCGGGACGAGGUGGCAGCAACGGGCCAGGAAUCUGAAUACGCCGUUCCCUUCGACUCUAUCGCCCAGACUCUGCGCCUCGCAUCCCUCCUCUGUCCGCCGGCCAAGGCUCCGGACGGUGGUGGCGAGACCACGGGAUUCUCCACCUUCCUGCCCCGGGCGAGUGAAUACCCGCUGUACGACACCAUCGACGAGCGCGGUUUCGGGCGGCAGGAGACGGUGGCGGCGGCGUGCCCGUGCCCGGCCACGGACCGCCCCAGGGACCAUAUCUACGAUGAGCCGGAGGGCUCGGACGCCCCCUCGCUCUAUGACUACCCGGAGGAGAUGAGGGGCCACGCCUGGAGGCUGCAGGGUCAGGAGAGCGACCCCCGCGGACACGAGUACCCGUACAACCCGCACACCGACGACUACGCCGUGCCCGCCACCGCCAAGCAGGGGGCUAGCAGGGGGCGGUCGGCCGAAGGGUCACAUCCUGAGGCCGGAAAUGACAGCAACUCUGAGUCGGAGUACGACAACAUCUUGGUCAAGAUUUAGAUGCCAGGAUCUUGACCCACGGCCAAUGUAAACACAUCUGCAAGUCUGGUGGACCUCCCAGAUCUUGCUGCCUGGACCCUGGGCUGUGACAUCGGGGGUUGUUUCUCCAACUGCAGAGACAAUAGACAAUAGACAAUAGGUGCAGGAGUAGGCCAUUCGGCCCUUCAAGCCAGCACCGCCAUUCAAUGUGAUCAUCCCCAAUCAGUACCCCGUUCCUGCCUUCUCCCCAUAUCCCCUCUUCCCAAUGUUGGGCGAGUCCAGAACCAGGGGCCACACAGUCUUAGAAUAAAGGGGAGGCCAUUUAAAACUGAGGUGAGAAAAAACUUUUUCACCCAGAGAGUUGAGAAUUUGUGGAAUUCCCUGCCACAGAGGGCAGUGGAGGCCAAGUCACUGGAUGGAUUUAAGAGAGAGUUAGAUGGAGCUCUAGGGGCUAGUGGAGUCAAGGGAUAUGGGGAAAAGGCAGGCACGGGGUAUUGAUUGGGGACGAUCAGCCAUGAUCUCAAUGAAUGGGCGGUGCUGGCUCGAAGGGCCGAAUGGCCUCCUCCUGCACCUGUUUUCCAUGUUUCUUUUUUGAAUUUUUUUUAGAAGUACAAUAUGUUAAAUACACACCACAUAUAUCUUAUUACAUUUGUUGUAACCCUUCGUUUUUUGAGCUUUAACAAAGAUAGAAAUAAAAGAAGUAAGGAAAGUGAGAAAGAGUCUUGAUAGUGCAGGAAAGUGUUGGGAAAAGAAAGACAGUCAGAGAAGAAAGUGAAGAAAUUGACCCUAGAACAGAAUGAAAGAGAAAUAGUCGAUCUAUUAUAAAAAACUCUGCAAAAAGUGAUAUACCAACCACAUCUUUCAUCCCCCGUAUAUUCCAUGUUUCUAACCCUAUGUUCACCGUUGAGGCCAAGGUGCAGGUGAACAGAUCUUACUGUCAUGUGUGUAUCGAGGGACUUUUUGUUGCAUGCUAUCCAGUUAGCGGAAGGACUAGACUUGAUUAUCACCGAGCCGUCCACAGUGUACUGAUGGCAAUCGGCAAUGAGCCAGGGGAGGGUAGAGCAACUGAAGGGCGCGGGAUUCACAUCAUGCUGAGUUGACUCAGCCAUGACCUCUUACCCUUAUGCAGUGUGCUCAUCAUUCAGGGUGCCUUGUCCAAGAUGGGCAGCGAAACGAGAAGGUGGAAGCUGUGGCACUGACAAUUAAAGAACAAUCAGAUAUCUGGUUUUGGUUUGUACUCACUCUGGUCUAAUUUUAGGUUCCUGGUUAACCAACCUCUCUACUCAUGCUAGUGCAGUUCGCAAAGUAACAGUGAACUCAAAUUGGUGCUCGGAGCAAAGAGGAAAUGGAGGGUUUCGGUAAAGGAGGGGUUAGAUCACCCGUGGAUGUCUGUAACUGAUGGGGUGCAGUAGAGUAUCUAAUGUUCCACACACGCAGAUUCCCUGCCCCAUUGCAGAGUUCCAGUUUUAGUUCAGCUCAGUUUAUUGUCACGUGUACCGAGGUACAGUGAAAAGCUUUUGUUGUGUGCUAACCAGUCAGCGGAAAGACAAUACAUGAUUACAAUCGAGCCGUUUACACUGUACAGACGCAUGAUAGGGGACUAGCAUUUAGUGCAAGGUAAAGCCAGCAAAGUCCGAUCAAGGAUAGUCCGAGGGUCACCAAUGAGGUAGAUAGUAGUUCAGCACCGCUCUCUGGUUGUGGUAGGAUGGUUCAGUUGCCUGAUAACGUCUGGGAAGAAACUGUCCCUGAAUCUGGAGGUGUGCGUUGUCACACUUCUGUACCUUUUACCUGGAGUAUUGCGUAUAGUA